AUGAUUCAUGCAGACUCAAAAAGACCUGAAGAAGCUAGACAUAUCUUAUCCAUCCCUCUUGAUAGAGUUGCCUAUUCUGACAUGUGGAAAUGGCUUCCAGACAAGAAUGAUAAGUUAUCAGUCAAAUCUGCUUACUCCACAAUCCUCAAAGCUAAAAUGUGCUAUGAGUUGCUGUGGAGGAAGGCUGCUAGGGACCUUGGUUCAGUGGGCGAGGAAGGUGCUAGGGCAGAGGAAGGCGGUGUGUCUGCGGUGGUCGCCUGCUAUGGCGGCCGUAGGCGGAGGAAGGCGGGUGUCGGGCGGCUGUAA